ACCAGUCACAUAUCACUUUGAAAUAAACACUCUAACGUUGACUGAAUCACAAGACUAAUGUAAACCCAGUGGGGAAAUGUUGCACACAAUUAUCAGUUUGACGGUCAGGGAUGUGAGAUUUCCGACGUCUUUGGAGCAACACGGCUCCGAUGCAAUGCACACAGACCCAGAUUACUCCGCCGCGUAUGUGGUCAUCGACACGGACUGCGGGUUGAAGGGCUUCGGCCUCACUUUCACUCUGGGGAAAGGCACGGAGAUUGUGGUGUGUGCUGUGGAGGCUCUAGCUGGACUGGUUGUUGGGAAAUCCUUGCAGGGGAUUGUGAGCGACUUCCGUGGAUUCUACCGCCUCCUGACCAGUGAUAGCCAGAUGAGAUGGCUAGGCCCAGAGAAAGGAGUGAUCCACCUGGCCACAGCUGCAGUCCUGAAUGCUGUGUGGGACCUGUGGGCGAGGGCAGAGGGCAAGCCACUGUGGAAGCUUCUUGUUGAUAUGAAUCCCAAGCAGGUUAUCUCAUGCAUUGACUUCAGAUACAUCACUGACGCUCUUACAGAGGAGGAGGCUCUAGACAUACUCGUGAAAGCACAGGAGGACAAGCAGCACAGAGAGGAGGAAAUGCUGAAAGAGGGUUAUCCUGCUUACACCACUUCCUGUGCAUGGCUCAACUACCCAGACCAGCAGCUCCAACAGCUCUGCACAGAUGCUCUUAAAAGUGGUUGGACUAAAUUCAAGGUGAAAGUAGGCGCUGAUCUACAGGACGACAUACGCCGGUGCCGCCUUAUAAGGAAAAUGAUUGGGCCAGAAAACACUUUGAUGAUUGAUGCCAACCAGAGGUGGGAUGUAGCCGAGGCCAUCAGCUGGGUGUCCAGCCUGGCGGAGUUUAAACCUCUCUGGAUCGAGGAGCCCACGUCUCCUGAUGACAUCCUGGGUCACGCUGCUAUCUCCAAGGCUUUGGCUCCUCUCGGGAUCGGAGUGGCGACAGGAGAGCAGUGUCACAACAGGGUGAUGUUUAAACAGUUCCUCCAAGCCUCGGCCCUGCAGUUUGUCCAGAUAGACUGCUGUCGGCUGGGCAGUGUCAACGAGAACCUGGCAGUGCUGCUGAUGGCCCACAAGUUCCAGGUGCCUGUGUGUCCUCAUGCUGGAGGCGUCGGUCUCUGUGAACUCGUCCAGCAUCUGAUUCUGUUCGACUACAUCUGUGUGUCUGCAAGCCUCAGCAAUCGAAUGUGUGAAUAUGUGGACCACCUGCAUGAGCACUUCACCAGUCCUGUGGUGAUUCACGACGCGUGCUACAUGCCUCCCAAGGAUGCAGGCUACUCUUGUGAGAUGCUGGAAUCAUCAGUGCAGAGACACCAGUACCCUGAAGGAGAUGUGUGGAAACAGCUUAAAAACAAAUAAGGACUUCAUCUGAGACAUUUAACAAAAAAUGUGCUUAAGUCUAACAGUAUAAUAGACC